AUGUCCUACUACUUCGCCAUCGUCGGCACGCAAGACAACCCGCUAUUCGAAUACGAUUUCGGGACGUCGAAGCAGGGCGGCGACGGCAUGCCGCAUUUCAGCGAACAGGCGCGCCACAUGAACCAGUUCAUCGUGCACAGCAGUCUGGACAUCGUCGAGGAGGUCCAAUGGGGAGGCGGCCAGAUGUACCUCAAGUGUGUCGAUAAGUUCUUCAAUAAUUACGUGUCUUGCUUUAUAACCGGCGGCAAUGUCAAGUUCCUCCUACUACAUCAGCCGACUAUGCCCGUCUCGACGACAUCUACGCGAUCUUCUACGUCUAUCGGUGCCAACCCCACGAGCCCCCAGACCGAGGAAGCUAUUAAGAAUUUUAUGCUCGAGGUCUACGAGAAUUGGGUUAAGGCCAUCAUGAGCCCCUUCUAUAGAGUGAAUAUGGAAGUGCGUAGUCCAGUAUUUAGACAGAGGGUUGCUGCGGCCGGGAGGAAAUAUCUAUGACCAAUGCAUACUAUGAACGUAAGACGGGUGUAAUGGAACGAUGUAAGGCGUUUGGCGUUUAAUAGGCAGCAAUUACUCAUUGGAUCUGACUCAUAUUUCGAGUUUAGAAAUGGUCAGGGCCAGUGUUCCAUAAUACAGCAUCAUUAAACACAUGACAAGUAUUCGAAACAUUUGGCUUGUUCACAGCAAAUCGUAAUACGAUGCAAGUAUAUUCAGCGUGCCAUAGCACUAUCAUAGGCUAUCUGUCCUUAGACGC